ACAGGGAAACCAGUACACUGCAGAAAAAAAAAAAAAAGAAGAAAACCAGCCAAGCAUAACAACAACAACAACAACGACCAGAUAUUCACAAUAACUACGCUGGGCUGCCAACAACCCAGUUCUUCCUCAAAAAGACACCCCCCCAGCUCAUCCACACAUUCACUCCACAAUAAUGGUCAACAUGAGCAGUCCACUCUCGUCACUCCGACCAGGCCAACCAGCAACCCAACAGUCAUACUCUCGGCUCCCCAACCAACAGACAGACGCAGACGGAACGAACUACUUUGACCAAGACGAUGAACUGGAUGCAGCGUUCAACGAGCCAGAGGAGGCGGGCCACCAUGAGAGUCGCAGGAUGGAUGAGGAUGACGAGGACGAGGACGAGGAGGAAGACGAACGGCAUGGACUGGUCUCCCACCAGGCCUCGGCAAGCAGCAGCUCGAAGAUGAUUCUGACGGACAAGACCCAGGUCCAGCCGAGUCGGACGUACGACUUCGAGCCCGACAGCUCCUCGACCCGCUUCCACCCCAAUGCCGGCUCGCCCACACCCUCACUAGGUCCGCCCUCACUGGUCAGACUAGCCGGGAUGGGUGGCGGCGUGCAGAACGACGGGGUGUUUGCGAACCUCAGCGCGAAGCCUGACGGCCCCGGAGCCCGGCUCAACCCUUCCACCGGCCAGAUGGAGUUUGUCGGCGGAAACGACGACGGCCAUCCUACCGACAAGGAGGAAGUCCUCCCCACCUACGACUCCGCCGCCCUCGACUCUGCACCUCCCUAUUGGGAAACUACAGUCACUCUCCCCGGCGUCAAUUCCGGCCCCUACGGUUUGCUCGGCCCUGAUGACAUCCUCGUCGAUGGCCUUCCUGUCGGUAACUUGUUCGGCUUCGCUUGGAAUUUGUUGGUCUCAAUGAGCUUCCAAUUUAUCGGUUUCCUACUGACCUACCUCCUACAUACCACGCAUGCGGCCAAGAACGGCUCACGGGCCGGUCUAGGGAUCACGCUAAUACAAUACGGCUUAUACACCCGAACACGAGCUCUAGAAGGAACGAAUGGCGUGGGGGGAGGAGCCUCUUCGCGCUCGUCAGCCUACAACUCCUCGUCGGUCCCGCCGACCACAACGGAUCCCUGGGGCCUCUUUGGCCCGUCAUCGACGAGUGACUGGGACGGCUCGACAGACCGAGCAGCCAAGGGCUCCCAGAACAUGCCCUACGAUGGGAUCCCCAAUAACCAUGGCCAUGUCUCCGGCGCCGCUAACGAAUGGCUCGGGUACAUCCUCAUCGCUGUUGGCUGGUUCUUGCUCUUAGGCGGCCUGGUUAAUUAUUGGAGAGCGGUCCGAUGGGCUAGAACUGUGAGGAACUCAGAUAUGCUUGGCGAAGCUUUAGCCUAAAACAUCCUACCCACCUGCUGUCCAACCAAAUGAUCAAAAAACCAUCCCCACCUCCUCAAAAUAUCCAUCCUCAUCAUUGUACAAUUCUCUCUCUCUCUCUCUCCUUCUCUGUCUCUCUUGUCUCUGUGUGUGUUGGUGUGAAUUUUUUCUGAUGAUCUAUUACAACAGUUACAAUUAAUUGAGAAAGUAUGUAUAUGAAUAUAUCUAUCUAAAUAUACAUACAUAUAUAUAUACAUAAGCGUUCACAGACUCAUGCUUGAUACUCCCUCUGAUCAUCCGAAUUUUUUUCUUCACAUCUAAAUACAUAUACAUACUUAAUCUAUGUGUAUCAUUCUUCAUCACCCUGCUUUCUUAGAAAGAAAUCAAAAUCAAAAAAAUA